AUGCUCAUCACCUCACCUCUCUCUCUCUCUCUCUCUCUCUCUCUCUCUGUGAUUCUCUUCUUCUUUCAUCAUCUCCUUGAUCGAUCUUAUCCAUAUAUAUUUGCAGUUUGAUAUAAACCACAGGCAAUUAAUAUAUAGUCGUCUAGAACCCGAAGAAGUUGGUGGUUGUCUCUAGCUUGUUGCAUGGAUGGAUCCUUCAUGUGCAGCACAACAGGAAAUGUCUAACCAGACCCUAGAAACAAUACUCGUAUGCACUAAAUCAAACAACAACGCGCAAGAUCAUCAGAAGAAACAAAGGCCGCAACCGGAACAAGCCCUAAAAUGUCCGAGAUGCGAAUCCACCAACACCAAGUUCUGCUACUACAACAACUACAGCCUCUCCCAGCCUCGCUACUUCUGCAAGUCUUGCCGGAGAUACUGGACCAAAGGCGGAACCCUAAGGAACGUCCCCGUCGGAGGUGGCUGCCGGAAAAACAAGCGCUCCACGUCGUCUUCUUCAUCCUCCUCCAAGAACAACCUCAUCAAGACUUUCCACGACGAGCCCCUCAACAACCCUUUAAUUACGGCACUGCCACCGCUCGGCUACGACCCCGUCGAUCUCAACCUCGCCUUCGCCAGGCUUCACCAGAAGCACUCCUUUGGACCCAGUCAGGUUUCUUUAUUCGCAAACUCCGAGGGUGAAGUUUUCGGGAACUCAUCAGGCACUGGCUUGUUUGGGGGGCAAAACGGUAAUUUCGGAUCCGGCUUGGGGUAUGGAUUCAUGACGGGUAGCGACGAUCAUCGUCUUAACAGCAGCACGGGCGCCACUCCAAUGGCGAUGAGGUUCGAGGGCGGCGGCAACAACAAGCAAGAGGGUCCCGUAAGUGGAAACAACGAGAACCCUAAUAAGGUCUUGUGGGGAUUCCCAUGGCAGAUGAACGGAGAAGUUUCCGGCGGCGGAGGAGCGCCGGAGAUCGACGCGGGAAGAGAAAGCUGGAAUGGGUUUAGCUCAACUUGGCAUGGUUUACUCAACAGUCCCUUGGUGUAGAAGAUGAAGAAGAGGGUGAUAUAUGUUAAUCUCUCAUAUAUAAAAAAUGUAUUUUUCACAUGUAUACCACUAAUGGGCGUGUUUGGUUUUUCUAGGUGCUCUUUGGGUUUUUCUUUCUAGUUUUCUUUCUCCAUGGGAGACAUUGAGAGUUGCUUUAAUUAAUUUUUAACAAUGGUUGGGUUGGUUCUAAUGGAUCUCAAAAAAAAAAAAAAAAAA